AUGUCACUUCAUAUACUUAUUUUUACCGAGACCUGGCUUACAUCAGAGCAGGAUGCUUGUCAAUAUCAUUUGACUAAUUACACGCAUAUUUACAAUUUUAGAAAAGUAAACAAGGGGGGUGGAGUAUCUAUAUACAUUCACAAUAGUAUUAAAUAUGACUUGACAGAAGAGCUAACAGAGAGUGGAAAUCAUUAUUUAUGGAUAUAUAUAAACAAAUUUGCACUUAAUAUAGGUGGGAUAUAUAAACCCGGUGAGUCAAACGUAAAUAAAUUUUUGGACAUAUACUCCAACCAACUAGAGACCCGUAAAAGAGCAAUAGUUUUAGGUGAUUUUAAUUUGGACCUCUUAAAUACUAAUAACAAUAUCAUUAACUACUUGAGAACGAUAGAAGAAUCUGGUUACGAAAUAUUAAACAAAGUGGAGAAGGAAUACUGUACACGUGAGACAGCUACAACCCAUACUAUAUUAGACCACGUAUGUACAAAUUUAAACAAUAAUAUGUUUUCACUCUCUAUCCUUGAAUCGUCCUUAUCUGACCACAAACAAAUAUUUGUGGAAGUAUGUAAAUAUAAGCCAGAAACGCUGCAACGGGUCCAUUAUACUGCCCUGGACUAUAAUGGCCUGAUAAAAAGAUGCACAGAAACCCAGCAUAUAAAUAAGAACUGUGACUACAACUAUCUUGAAAACUACAUAAUGGAACAAAUUGAACAAAAUAAAAUGACAAAAACUAAAAUACUAAACUUACCACAGAAGGACUGGAUUAACAAAAGCAUAAUCGAAGGUAUAGAAAGACGCAAUAUUUAUUGGAAUAGCUUAAAAAAAGAUAGUGAAAAUGAAGACAUAUUAAAUAGAUACAAUUCAGAAAAGAAAAGCGUGAGUAAAAUGAUUAGAGAAUCUAGAGAAGUAUAUUACUGUAAUGAAUUCACUAAAUGUAAAAAUAAACCUAAAAAGAUGUGGGACCUGAUCAAUACGUUAGCUGUAAACAAAAUUAAGAAUGGUUGUGCAGUGCCUAAGCUCUCCACCAUCUCCGGUAUUAUAUCUGAUGGAUGCAAGGUUUGUGAAACUUUUAAUAACUAUUUUUUGACUAUUGGUACAGAAUUAGCAAAUAAUAUACAUCCAAAAUACCAUACAAGCUCAGUUCAUACCUUAAUGUAUAAAAAUACUUACCAACAUAAUAUAACUUUAAGUGAAUUAGAACCUUGUAGUGUCAAAGAAGUGUUAAAAAUUAUUAAUAAUAUUAAUAACCAUACAAGUACGGGUAUUGAUGGAAUAAGUCCAAAGGCCCUUAAAUGCAUUAAAAAUGUCAUUGCCACUGACCUCACAAAUUGCAUUAAUAAAUGCCUAUCAAAUGGUUUAUUUCCUGACAGCCUAAAAAUUGCGAAAGUCAGCCCAAUCCAUAAAUCCGGACCAAAAACUGAUCCUAGUAAUUACAGACCCAUAUCGGUGCUCCCUGUUAUUUCUAAAGUCUUUGAAAAAGUAAUAUAUAAAAGACUUAAUGAGUAUUUUAACGCCAAAAACUUUUUCAUUGAACAACAAUAUGGUUUUAGAUCAAAAUCUAACACACUGUCAGCAGCAAUUGAUGUAGUUACAAAAAUAAAGACAAACAUUGAUCGAAAACAUGUCUGCUUAGGAAUAUUCAUAGACUUAAAAAAGGCUUUUGAUACGGUAAGCCACUCAAAACUAUUACAAAAGCUAAAUAAUAUAGGAAUAACAGGUACAGCACUAGAUAUGUUGGCCUCUUAUCUCGCUAACCGCCAACAGAUUGUACAAAUAUCUAACUACAAAAGUGGUCCUCAACAAAUUACCUGUGGCAUUCCACAAGGCUCAAUAUUAGGCCCUUUGCUAUUUCUUACAUACAUAAACAACAUAGUAAAUUUAAACCUGUCAGGUCACUUAUCACUCUACGCAGAUGACACUUGUCUUUUUUACUUUGCACAUUCAAUUCAUGAAAUUAUAUCACAAGCACAAAAGGACUUAGAUAUAUUAAAUGAGUGGUUUUCAUACAAUCUUCUCACAAUUAAUGUGACCAAAACAUCAUUUAUGGUUUUCUGUGCUAAAAAUAAAAAAAUACCUACCUACACACCACUUAAGAUUAAUAAUAUUACUCUUAAAAGAUCUAAAAAAGAAAAGUACCUAGGUCUAUUAUUAGAUGACAAACUGAUAUGGGACUCUCAUAUAGACAAAAUAGCAUCAAAAUUAGCAUCACUUACGGGAGCAUUGCGAAAGGUAUCAAACUGUAUUCCAUACAAAAUCAAAUCUACUGUUUAUAACGCCCUAGCCAAGCCACACCUGGAGUACCUUAUAGAGAUAUGGGGUUCUGCUGCACAAACGCACAUAAGUAAGUUACAACGAGCACAAAGUAAACUAAUAAAAACACUAUUUCAUUACAACUACCUAACCCCGACUAAGGAGCUAUACAGAAAAACUAAAUUCUUAAACAUUAAACAAUUAUAUACAUAUAACACAUGCCUUAUUAUAAAAAAAAUAAUAUCUAAAAACAUACAUUCAACAAUUACAUUCACACCAAAGUGUGAAUUUCUUACACAUAAUCUUAGAAACAAAAACAAACUUCAAAUCUGGCAGCCUCGGACGAGAUCUUAUGGCAAUAAAAAUAUUAUGUGUGAGGGUGUACUUUUGUAUAAUAAUCUACCGGAUACUAUAAAAGAUUGUAAUAAUAUUAAGCAUUUUAAGAAUAAACUAAAAUCAUAUAUUGUAGAUAAAAUUUCAUAA